AUCAUUCCUACAGUUUGUGAUUGAAAAACACGAAGAUGUGUAUUACGAAGAAAAAGAAUGCAAGAAACAAUUAUUCAAGUCAACAAUCAAGUAAUUCUGGACCAAGUCCUACUAAAGAUAACAGUGACGACAGAGAGACCAAAACUUCGAAAAAGAAAACGACUAAACCGAAAUCGAAAUCAAACAAAGGACAGAGUCCAGCGCCGGUGGAAUCCGAGAAAGACAAGAGCUUUAUUGCCAUGAAUCUGCAUCCGAUGGGGGCGAGGCUUGCCGGCCACGUGUUCCACAAAAAGCCCGAACCAAAAGACUUCACACGAAGAAUUCUACAAUCCGAACGACCUGAUCUCGUGGCGCCGGACAGUCAAUUGACAACUGAAGAAUGUCAUAAUUUGGAUGAGCUUUUGCUGAACACAACGGAGCUGCAAGAUAACAGUCAAUUUCUCUUGGGAACUGUUUCUAACAUCAAUGACCAAACAGAUGACGAUGAAGAUGAGAAUAUGAAAUGUGCUUCAGUUCUUAUGCUUUAUGAUCACGGUAGAUUCGGAAAUAUCCAUACCAUCAAUGUCCGUUGUAUGCCAGACGAUGAAACAAAUGAAGAUGAAGAGAAGGACAAAGACAACUCCAAAUCCAAGAAGACAAAGGAAGUGCAACAAAUUUUGAAAGUGGGUCGUCGAAUGAAUGCAAACGCCAGAAUUGAACACGAAAUUGCCAUUCUCCGAUGCUUCUAUCCUGUUGAACAAAAGAGAAAAGAAGGAGAGAAAGGUCCAACGCACAUUACUCCAAUUAUCGCGAAUGGAGAUGCUGGCGGAUCACCUUACUUUACCAUGCCAGUUAUGGAUGUAAACUUGGAAAGAUUGAAGCAACAAAUUGGGCAUAAGUUUCGAUGGGUCGACUCUUUCUAUAUUGGACAAGAAUCAAUGAUUGGGAUAAAGGAAUGUCACGAUCGGUCGAUUAUUCAUCGUGAUAUCAAACCGACUAACUUGUUGUUGUGUAGAGAACCUAACAUGUUUUGGUGGUUAUGUGACUUUGGAGACAGUUGUCGAAUUGGCGAAGUGAAGAUUAUAUCGCCUCCAGAUGCACUCACACUGCCAUAUCUGUCAAGAGCUGCUCAUGAAGCUACCCAAAAGCCAAUGAAAGCAACAAUUGCCAUGGAUAUUGAGAGUUGGUUCUACAUGUUACUCGAUUUGUUCGUUGUUCUCCCAUGGAAAAAUAUGGUUGAAGAAGCUCCAACAUUGGCUGCAAAGACUGCGUUCUGGGCAAAUCUUACCGAGUUCUUCCAAAAGAGAGCUGCAAAACUGCCACCUCAACUUCUUCCAAUUGCUCAAAUUGUUGGUAAUUCGUCAAUUGAAAAGCCAUAUAUUCAAUUAAAAACAAUUCUUCGUGACGGAUUUGACAAGAACAACGCCAAACAGCCAUGGAAACCCGAUUGGAUCACGAAACGAACACCGCCAAAAGCGAGCGCAGAAAUGGCAAGAUCAAAAGAGAAAGGAUCAAUUCCAAAGUCUAACGAGUCAGCUUCUCAAACAUCGGAUGCAAAGAGCAAGAAUCAGAAGAAAUCGCCAAAGAACAAAUAGUCUAGAAAUGAACACUCAAAUAUAGUUCUUGAAAUAAAUAUUGUUGAUG